AUGAAAACAUAGAAGGAGAAAUUGGACAUAGAGAACGGGGAAGGGGCGCCGGAGGAGGUGAGCAGCGGCGGAGGGAAAAGAGAAGGCGGCGGUUGAGAGAGAGAGAGAAGGUGGGAAAUGCGAGAGGAAGGUGCGACCAUUUCAAAGCGAAGUUAUCGGCGAAUCGAGCCCAAUCAGUAAUCGUUCGACAGAGAAUAGAGAGAGAAAGAGAAAGCGACGACGAUGACGAUGGGGAUGAUCCCUCAGAGCAUUGUCGGUAUCCUUCUCCUUAUGCUGCUCCUCGUCCUCCUUCUCAUCCUCAUCGCCUGUAAGCCAUGGCGCCUCUGCCUCUCUUCUUCCUCCCGUUCUCGUUCUUCUUCUCUUAAGAUUGGGGGGGAGCUAGAGAGGCCUCUUGUUUCGGAUGAUGUGGAUGCACAUGAUGACAACAAUGAAGGUGGAAGAACCUAUGAUAUUGAGGGAGCUUGUUAUCAAAAUGAUGGGCUUUUGCGUGCACCCCGCAUGGAGGGGCUUGUCCAUAAACCAAGGCUUCCUCCUGUAUCUCCUCAUGUGACUCCCCAAGUUGAUAGCUUGAUCUUAGAGGUAGUUCCAGAUCCCGUGGAGGAUGUUUCUGUUGGGCAAACCCUUAAGUACUCUCCACUGGCUGGACGCUUACCCGAUGUGCAGAAACAUUUUAGACCAGAAAAUCAAAUUCCUAAUGUAAAGCCUGGUUCACAAAGCAGCAGGCUACCAGAAUCCACAGCCAAGGUUAUUGAUCAUCAGGGAAGCUGCCUCUCCCUUGAGGUUAUUUCUGGUCCUUCUAGUGGACAACGCUGCUCUGUACAAUCAACGAAUGCUUCACGGGUUUCUGUGACCCUUGGAAGAGUUUCUAGUGACUUAUUGCUCAAGGACUCUGAGGUUUCGGGGAAACAUGCUAUGAUCAACUGGAAUGCCGAUAAGAAGAAAUGGGAGGUUGUUGACAUGGGUAGCCUCAAUGGAACACUGUUAAACUCCAGGCCAAUCAAUCACCACGAUCCUGGAAGUAGGCAGUGGGGUAGGCCUGUUGAGCUUUCAAGUGGAGACAUAAUAACUCUUGGCACAACAUCGAAUGUACAGGUUAAUGUAACAACCAAGUCUGAAACCAGGAUACCCUUUGGCAUAGGCAUGGCUUCAGAUCCCAUGGCUUUGCGCCGUGGAGGAAAGAAGCUAGCUAUGGAAGAUGUGUGCUAUUAUUCCUGGCCCCUCCCGGACAUUCAGGAGUUUGGUGUUUUUGGGAUUUGUGAUGGGCAUGGUGGAGCAGCGGCUGCAAAAUCUGCCAGCAAGAUGUUGCCGGAGAAACUUGCCAGUAUUUUAUCGGAUCCUGCAAUGAGGGAGAAAGUGAUAUCACAAGCCAACGCUGCAGAUGUUCUUAAAAGUGCAUUUUCCCAAACAGAGGCUUCCCUGACUAACUAUUACGAGGGUUGUACAGCAACGGUGCUUCUGGUUUGGACUGAUGGUGGCAAACGUUUCUUUGCUCAAUGUGCAAAUCUUGGGGAUUCUGCCUGUGUUGUAAAUGUCGAUGGGGAGCCAAUCAAGAUGACAGAAGACCAUAGAGUGUCUAGUCACUCUGAGAGACUUCGAAUCAAUGGAAUAGGAGAGAAGCCUUUAAGAGAUGGUGAAACACGUCUUUGUGGUUUGAAUCUUGCUCGAAUGCUGGGAGACAAGUUUCUGAAACAGCAAGAUGCUCGCUUCAGUUCUGAGCCUUACAUAAGUGAAGUUGUGCACAUAGAUCAGUCAAGCUCAAGCGGCUGCUUUGCACUUUUAGCCAGCGACGGGUUUUGGGAUGUUGUCAGUGUUAAAAAGGCUGUCCAGCUUGUCCAGCAGGCUAAUGAGAAGGAGCAUGCAGAAGGGGAGAAUCCAGCGGAGAAGACUGCCAAUGUGCUGUUGAACGAAGCUAGAGCACUGCGUACGAAGGAUAACACCUCCGUACUUUUCUUGGAUUUUGAUACCAAAUUUAGGUCGUCGCCUUGUAAAGUUACAGCCGCGUAAUACAAACAGCCAGUCUGUUUAGCGUAGCAGAACAAUGUUUCGUUUUUCUUGUUUUGAGGUGUCUAUAACAGAAGUAAGAUGAUACCAUGAUGCUGAAAACACAGUGGCCGCCUGUAUCAGCAACUUUGUGGAGCUGAAGUUCGAAGCUGCGGAAAAGUCGCCGCAACGUUGCUUGGUUGUCAAGGCAGUGCUACCUACCGGAAAUGGAUAUUUGAAGCAAAAUUGAUUUGGCCUGAUGUGACGGGGGAUUACAAGUCUUGGUGGAAUAAGAAAGGUUUGUUUUAGAAAUGUAGCAAUAGGAAGGUCAAUAGAAAUGUCGCAAUAGAGUUAUUAUAGCUUUCUUGAAACUAGGUCGAACUCACUUUACCAAGAAAAUGACAUUGGAAUCCCUUUACCUUUCUUUGACAUCGAUUACAG